UUCAUUCACAUUUCUUCCUGCACAUUCUAUCGGCAUUCUGCCACAUUAUCCACCACAAUUCGUCAAUCAAAACCCUCGAUCGAACGCCUCUUUUAAUCAGGAAAACCCUUGAGAUCAUAACAUUUUGGUACUUCAAUCAAGCUUUCAAGAGUUGUUGUACAUACGGCCAUGGCUGAUAACUCAAAACCCGAUUUCUUACAGCUUAUUAAGCGAAUUGGGGCUUAUCUAUCCACCAAGAUCUCAAAAAUAUUCGUCACACAGGAUUUUCGAUCUGUUUGGGCUAUAGCAGGAUUUGCUGUUGCAGUCAUUUUCACAUACAGAGCGUUAAGAACACCUAAUGGAUCUCGAAGAAGACAAACCAAAAGUCAACCGCCCUCACCUAGCACUUCUGGAUUCAAUAGUCAUCCAAAUGAAAACUCGUUACCUUCUGAAGAUUUAAGAGCACAAAGUACAACCGCUGGGCCAAUCCAACCUGCAAAUCUUACUUUGGGACAAAUAGUCAGGCAGAGACUAAGUGACGGAAGAAAGGUAACUUGCCGGUUGCUUGGUGUUAUUCUGGAGGAAACCACUCCCGAGGAGCUUCAGAUUCAAGCGACGGUGAAACCCUCUGUUUUGGAAGUUCUAAUAGAGAUCACAAAAUAUUCUGACCUCUAUCUCAUGGAAAGAGUUUUGGAUGAUGAAAGUCAAGAGAAGGUUUUAAUGGCUUUGGAAAAUGCCGGGGUUUUUACAUUCGGUGGCUUGGUUAAGGACAAGGUGCUAUUUUGUAGCACAGAGAAUGGAAGAAUGUCUUUUGUUAGGCAGCUGGAGCCAGAUUGGCAUAUAGAUUCAGAUCCGGAAAUUACUUCUCAGUUGGCGAGGUUUAUCAGACACCAACUUCACAUUUCGAUGAAAACGGAACGAAUUGCUUCAAAUGUUUACAGUUCUUCAUCGUUGGAACAGUUUUUCAUGGUUUGAUUUUAAAAAAAAGUCAACACACGCACAGCUGUUUCUCGUCUCGUGUAAUGAGCUUAUAUACAUGUGCAAUGAAUCUGGUCCCAGAUUAUGUAACUUAAACUGGUUUUGUGUCUUGCCUGUAAUCUCUUAGGUAGUUUGUAUUAGACAGAGAAAGAACAUGGUACAUACCUUGAUCAAGCAACCUUAUUUUUGGAUGUU